AUGGCUGCUGAAUUCAAUGGAACAUAUAUAACUUUUGGUGGCUAUGUAGACGUGGACAAAUAUGGAUAUAUUUACUUUGUCAUCUUUUUGACACUAUAUAUUCUCAUCCUCUGCUCUAACUGUACCAUUAUAUGUCUAAUCUGGAUUCACAGCAACCUUCAUGAGCCUAUGUACAUUUUCAUUGCUGCUUUGUCACUCAACUCUGUUUUGUUUAGCAGUGGAAUCUACCCUAAAUUUUGCAUUGACGUCUUAUCUCAAAAACAGACCAUUUCUCUUUCUGCUUGUAUGUUUCAAUAUUUUGUUGUUCAUUCAUUAGGUGCAUCAGACUUCUUACUGUUGUCAGCCAUGUCUUAUGACAGGUAUGUGUCUAUCUGCCAACCUCUGCAGUAUCCAACUAUCAUGAGAAAAAGAACUGUCAUUGUCCUCUUGACUUUGGCCUGGUUUCUACCUGUAAGCCAGCUCACAGUUGGAGUUGUAAUGAAUUCUAAACAAAAAAUGUGCACUUUUACUACAGGUGGAGUCUGGUGUAACACUUCCGUCCACAAACUUCACUGUGUAAAAUCAACAUUUCAUAAUGUGUUUGUUUUGUUUGUUUUAAUAACUUAUGGUAUUGCUCCUGUGAUGUUCAUUAUUUUUACGUACAUAAAGAUAUUUAUGGUAGCUUAUCACAGUUGUAGGGACGUUCGAAAAAAAGCUACAGAGACAUGUUUACCCCACCUAAUAGUUUUAUUCUGCUCCACUUGUUUAAUUGUUUUUGAUGCUAUCAACGAUCGAAUCCAGUCAGACCUUCCAAAAACAGUAAGUUUAGCAUUGACUUUACAAGUGGUUGUGUAUGGUCCUCUGUUAAAUCCAAUCAUAUAUGGAGUGAAAAUGAAAGAAAUAUCAAAACACAUAAAGAAAUUGUUUUUUCAGGACAAACAAAGGAAAUAA